CUCGUCCCUCCCCCAAGACCGCUGAGCGCUUGUUUUGAGCCCGUCCGCUAUCUACUCGCCUGGCUUUUCCCCUCCCAUGUCUUACCUUUUUCCCUUUCUCCAACGGCUGGUGUUCACCGUAUGCUGGGGCUUCUUCCGUAUUGCUUUUUGCCUCUUAUAAAGGAUAUGCUUUUAAUGAGUUGCUUUGGCAAGGAGAGCGGGAACACACUCCAUGUCAUUUCUCUUGUUGUCGUGGUUCUCUUACAUAUACACCCGGGACCUUCGGGGGGUUCGCCUCCUCGCUUGAUGCUUGUCACUGGGGGAGAUGCCGGGCAGGCGCGCAUGUGUGUUGCAUUUUUUUUGACUUCCACUUCGGUGGCCUCGAGCUUAACGAGCAUGGGCAUGACGCUCAACUUAAAUACGUUUUUUUUUUUGACAUUCCGCAGUUAUACCACCGACGUUCAUUGCCAGACCCCAACCAUGCAUUCCUGUUUCUGCAAGAUAAACUGCUGUACACUACCCGACCCGGCGCCUCAUCGUGUUGUCUACUCCUUACCCUCAUCUCCACUGUUUUGUCGACUGCAUGCCCUCCUUUGCCCUGAUUUCCUUUUUGUCGCUGUUCUGUGCGGUUCUGUAUGGGCGCUGGCGUGCAGCAUCCGUCGGCCCGGUAUUUCCUCGUUCAUGGUCUGGUUUCUGGCGCAUAAAAAGAGCAAGGGGCUGCUGAUUUAUCGGUUGAUUGAUUGAUUUGAUUGCGGGGUGUUUGUGAGAGGAGCCGGGUCGAUUGUCGGCGCGGCAACUGCUCCUUGAUUAGAACAUGUUGACAAUAAACGAGACUUAAUCGAUGCUUAGAUUGUACCUAUAGC